AUGGACAUCGAGUGCAAGAAAUUCGCAAAAGAAAUCCGGAUGCUUGACAAGGAAAUGCGCGGUUGGGACACAUAUAGCGGCUUAGAAUCUACCGUCAAAAAUACUUUAACAUCCUUGAAGGCUGUUGGGGAACUUCAAAACCCUGCGAUCAGGGAAAGACAUUGGGAUCAGUUGAUGGUAUCCACAAAGAAUCUUGCAGCUUUACCUCAAGAAUUUAAAACUAAAAUCAUUAUGGACUACAACACAACUCUUGCCGAUCUCCUCGAAUUAAACUUGCAUGAAUGUGAAGAAGAAGUGAAAAAUAUCGUCGAUAAAGCGGUCAAAGAAAUGUCAAUGGAAAAAAUUUUGAGAGAACUAAAUUCCACUUGGUCAACUAUGCAGUUUGAACAUGAAACCCAUGCUAGAACAGGUUGUACUUUGCUCAGAGCCAGCGAGGAACUCAUCGAGACACUUGAAGACAAUCAAGUGCAACUUCAAAACUUGAUAACUUCAAAAUUUAUAGCCCAUUUCCUAGGAGAGGUUUCUUCUUGGCAAAACAAGUUGGGGCUAGCCGAUCAAGUCAUAACAGUUUGGUUUGAAGUGCAAAGAACUUGGAUGCAUCUAGAAUCCAUAUUUAUGAGCUCAGAAGACAUUAGAAAGCAACUCCCUGAGGAUUCAACAAGAUUUGAUAUAAUUGACAGAGAUUUCAAGGAGCUUAUGAAAGAUAUGGCCAAAGUCCCCAAUGUUGUUGAGUCCACCAACAAACCAGGAUUAUUAGAGAUACUAGAGGAACUCCAAAAAAAUUUGACUCUAUGCGAAAAAGCUCUAGCGGUCUAUUUGGAAACGAAACGUUUAGCGUUUCCGCGUUUCUAUUUUGUUUCCUCCGCGGACCUCUUGGAUAUUUUGUCGAACGGCAAUCAGCCUAUGCAAGUGGCUAAGCAUUUGACGAAACUAUUCGAUUCCAUAGCUCGGCUCAAUUUCGAAACUGACGAAGAUGGAUCAUUAACAAAUAUUAUUGAAGGAAUGUAUGCUAAGGAUGGUGAAUAUGUGACGUUUCAUGAACCUACCAAUUGCAUUGGACCAGUCGAGGUCUGGUUGAAUAAAAUCCAAGCCGCUAUGAGAUCAACCAUUCGCCACGACAUCGGAGAAGGUGUUGUUUCUUAUGAAGAAAAACCCAGAGACCAAUGGCUAUUUGAUUUCCCUGCUCAAGGUUCAUUGUGCGGCACCCAGAUUUGGUGGACAACUGAAGUUAAUAUAGCAUUCUCACGCCUAGAAGAAGGUUACGACAAUGCUAUCAGAGAUUAUUACAAAAAACAAGUUUCUCAACUCAGCACACUAAUUUCACUUCUGUUAGGAGACCUGACGAAGCAAGACAGGCAAAAAAUUAUGACCAUUUGUACUAUAGAUGUUCACUCGCGUGACGUUGUCAGUAAACUUAUACAGAGUAAAGUUGAGAGUGCUCUAGCAUUCCAAUGGGUAUCACAGCUGAGGCAUAGAUGGUGCGAAAAAGAAAAACACUGUUAUGCGAAUAUUUGUGACGCCCAAUCUAUUUAUAGUUAUGAAUAUUUGGGAAACACGCCACGAUUGGUUAUUACACCAUUGACUGAUAGAUGUUACAUAACUUUGACUCAGGUAAGUGAACUUGGAAAGCUUCACAUUUUAUUGGGCGACUACUGGCUGGGAACAAUAAUAGUUACAAGACGUUUGUAA